UGUGCUAACAGAACUCCGUUCCAAAAGACAAAAUGAAAAAAUAUUUGAAAAAAUUUCCAAGGCCAUGAUGGAGAAAGGCCACACCAGGGACUCAGUGCAGUGCAGAGUGAAAGUUAAGGAGCUCAGACAAGCCUACCAGAAAACCAAAGAAGCAAACAGAAGGUCCGGGGCAGGGCCAAAAACAUGCUGCUUCUACGCUAAGCAGCAUGCAAUUCUAGGGGGGUCCGCCACCAGCACCCCACCCCUGUCCGUGGAUUCCAAGGUGGGGGUGGUAAUCUCAGCCAUGGCUGAGGAUUCUGCAGACGGGGAAGAUGAGGAGGAGGAAGAGGAGGACGAGCUUGCAGAAAGCACACAGCACUCCAUUCUCCCCAACAGCCAGGAGCUUUUUCUCACCCAGACGGAUUUACCCUCCCAGCCCUCCCAAGCCACUAUCCCAGACAAUGAAGCCAUGGAAGUGACCUCUGCUGCAAAUUUUUCAAGCCUCCUUACUCCAUCCCGAAGGCUAUCUCAGAUAAGGCGGCAGAAAAAAAAGAUGCGAGACGAAAUGUUCUCGGAAAUUAUGGAAGUGAUCCGCAAUGAAAGAGCUCAUCUGAAUGAGUGGAAGGAUGUGGUAGCAAAUUACAGGAAAGAUGCCAGUGAACGUGAGGACAGGAGGGACCAACGUGAGGAGAGGAGGGACGCUCGAGAUGAGAAGUAGCGGCAGGAAGAUCAGCGGUGGCGGGAUGCAACGCUGGGGCUGCUGCGUGAUCAAACUGAUAUCCUCCGACAUCUGGU